GGUGACAGUUGACAGUGACAGUUUAGACGUUUAGAGAUAAAUGGAUGUUCUUGUAACUUGUUGUAUUCUUAUCACAAAAUUGAUAACUUUAUCUCUUUAAACGAUAGUUGUUAUUACAUCAAUUACCGAAGAUCAACCAUACUAACUUUUAGUCGGUCGAAUUGCUCAGUCACAAAGUUAUAAUAAUGGUGCAAGUAGAACAAAGUUUUGAUCCUUCAAUGUUCAAAAAUAUCCAUAUUAAUAGAAAUAGCGUGGAUGCUCAAGUUAAAACAAUUUUGGCUCAAAAUCCGGUGACCACCACUGAGAACCUGAAUGCUUGGUUACUUAAAGCUAUCACUGUUAUUGACUUGACUACUUUAGCUGGCGACGACACAGCGUCUAACGUUUCAAGACUCUGUAUAAAGGCUGCCCAUCCCUUACCAGCAAAAUUAAUCAGUGAUUUAGGUCUCAGUGAGGAUGAGAAGGUGGGCACAGCUGCAGUAUGUGUGUACCCCAACAGAGUUUCUGAUGCAUAUGGCACACUCAAGCGCAUGGGCUUGACUGAUGAAAUACAAGUGGCUUCUGUUGCUACUGGCUUCCCAUCUGGCUUAUAUCCUCUGCAACCAAGGCUCCUCGAAAUCAGAAAAGCUGUAGAUGACGGAGCAACCGAAAUAGAUGUAGUUCUGGACCGCAGUCUUGUGCUGACUGGAAAAUGGGACGUCUUGUAUGAUGAGGUGGUACAGAUGCGGAAGGAGUGUGGGACAGCUCACCUUAAGGUCAUACUUGGUGUAGGGGAACUUGGGACAUAUGAAAAUGUGUACAAAGCUUCGAUGAUAUCUAUGAUGGCCGGUGCAGACUUUAUAAAGACCUCCACGGGAAAGGAAGCAGUGAACGCGACCCUACCAGUAGGGCUGGUCAUGUGCAGGGCCAUACGGAAGUUCUACCAAACGACAGGACACAAGGUGGGCCUGAAGCCAGCAGGCGGCAUCAAGACGGGCCGCGACGCCGUCAACUGGUUAGUACUAGUGUACACCGAGCUCGGACCUGAGUGGUUGAACCCCAAGCUCUUCCGAAUUGGCGCUUCCAGCGUUCUCGAUGAUAUUGUCAACCAUCUCAAAACUAACGCUGUAGAGUUUAAACUAUGAUUCCAAACGUGAGGGAGCACGCAAUGCAACUGUAACAAACAUUAAUUUAAAAAUUCAUUGAUUUUUGAAUACCCUCUAAGUAAAUUAGGUUCUAUGGACUUGAAUUAACGCCUUGCCUAUCGUGCUCGCAAAGUCGUAUUUAGGUAUUUGCGAGACAUCUGUGACACAAAACAAAAUAUUCAAUAUAAUGUAAAAUAAGUGAUAUUUUUAAUUUUAAGAGGAUUUUUGUAAGAAUAUAUUUUAUUGUAAGUGCUAAUACCAGAGUUACAAAAAUAAAACACAGUGUCAAAAUA